UUCUGUCCGACACUCGCAGAUUCCACUUUAGGAAUUGAAGUUGCUCUGUUGAAAGCUUAUUAUUAUGGGCACCACGAAGAACGGUCCGAAAGUCCAAAGCAAGCAGUGGCCGCAAUACGUUGCUGUACUUUCUGCAACUGUUAUUUCGAUUGCUGCUGGUGUGAACAUAGCGUGGCCAUCACCUUCGAUUCCGAGACUCGUGAAUGGUGAAUUUCCGUACGCAGUGAGCAAAGAAGAAGGCUCCUACAUUGCUAUUAUAACUUGCUUAGGAAACAUUGUUGGAGGACCGAUCGCGGCUUCUUUAGUCGAUAUCAUUGGGCGUAAAUUGACCAUAAUUUUGAUCGCAAUACCGCAAUGCCUCAGUUUCAUAAUGAUUUCCGUGUCCAGAUAUUCCGUUUGUUUACUGUACUUGGCGAGAUUCAUGGGAGGAAUGGGCGAAGGAUCAACGCUGACGGUUAUGGCGAUGUAUAUUGGUGAAAUUGCGGAGCCUCAAGUUCGCGGUACUCUGGGUUCGUACAUCUCAUUGACGCUGCGAAUCGGAAUGCUGUUCAUCAACGUGAUAGGCUCAUACUUCACCAUAGAAAUGUCAAGUUUAAUAUGUUUGGUGCUACCUGUUCUGUUCUUGUCAACGUUCGUGUUCAUGCCGGAGACGCCGUACUAUCUGUUGAUGAAGGGAAACGUGUAUGCGGCUCGAAGAAGCUUAAGAUUUCUGAGGCGAAAGUAUAACAUCGAGGAGGAAUUGAGGACGAUCAGCAACGACGUGAACAGACAGUUAUCAGAGUCAGGAAGAUUCCGCGACCUGUACACGAUACCAUCGAACAGGAGGGCUUGUCUAAUUAUAUUGGGUCUUCGGACUUUUCAGCAGUUUAGCGGAAUCUCGGCUUUCACCCUGUACACGCAGCAGCUGUUCAAGGAGGCCGUCGAGAAUAUGUCGCCCAGCGUCGCCGCCAAUAUAUUCUCGGGCCUCCAAUUACUCCUCACCUUUUUCUCAUCAAUUCUUGUUGAUAUUCUUGGACGAAAACCUCUGCUCAUAUUCUCGUGCGUCUCGUGCUUCUUCAUUCUGAUAAUCGAAGCUGUCUACUUCACGCUCAGAGAUUUCACGGAAAUCAACGUCGACGUCGUUUGGUGGAUCCCGCUGACCGGUAUGAUCAUUUACAUCAUCGUCUUUUCCGUCGGUCUUGGCAGCAUCGUCAAUUUAAUGCUCGGAGAAUUAUUUAGUCAAAGCGUUAAAGCGAAAGCUCUCUGCUUGAUGAACAUAUAUUUCGCGUUGGCGAUGAGCGCCACCACGAAAUUUUUCCAAUUCAUGACCGACCUCAACGGCCUAUCGAUUCCGAUCUUCGUUUUCGGCAGUUGCUGUGGCCUGGGCGCAUUAUUCUGCUAUUACUUCGUUCCCGAAACUAAGGGCAAAACUUUGGAGGAAAUCCAGCAGUGUUUGAAGGGCAAAAAAUCUUAAGGUUCAAAUUUACGAAAUAUACAUAAUAACAACAAACAACUUACAGAGUAUCGACGAUGUCGGGAACUUUUUCGAAUAUUCUCGCGCUCAAAUUAACGAACUUGUUUCCAGUCAGAUCACUUGAAAUAAGAAUUUGAGAUUUUUCAUAAAUUUAAAACUUACUUAAAUUACAUACAAAAUAUCGAUAAAAUCAUCGGGAUGGAAAUCGCCUGGCGCUGCAUUCAAUCCUUUAUAUCGGCAGAAAAUAUCCCGCAAACGGCAAUGACACGUUCCAUUAUACUGCAGAACUGUAAUAACAUUAAAUUAUUUGUUUAAUACAAAUAGAUUCUUCUUUUUUUUUCAAUUUUACCACAAAAAUUCUCAAAAUCGUCGUGCUCUGCGCCCGGUCGCUUUUUAAACAUAUUGUCAAAAUAAUUGUUGCUAUGUGUAUCAUCUACAACGUUAAAAUUUAAUAAUUAAUACAAAAAAAAAACAAAACU